CAAAGACAGGGGUGAAAUACAAAGGUUAUGUGGAGAUUCCUAAUCUCUCAGAUGAGAAUGACGCCGAUGAAGUUGAGAUCCAUGUCAGCCUUGCUAAAGAUGAGCCUGACACUAAUUUGAAGACCCUGAUGAAGCAAGAGGGUGCAAAAAAAAUUAGAGAUGCAAUAAAAACUUACAUCAGCACUCUCAAAACAGAAUUCACCCAGGGCAUGAUUUUGCCCACAGUGAAUGGUGAACAUAUGGAAACAACACCUCAGGUGGCUCCUAAAGCAGAAGACCGCAAGACGGCCGCUAGCAGCAGCACUGCCACAUCACAGUCCAAAUCCAUAGGAGUCAAGAUUCCUACAUGUAAGAUCAGUUUGAAGGACACCUUCUUAACAUCUCCCGAGGAGCUCUACCGGGUAUUUGUUACUCAGGAGAUGGUCCAAGCUUUCACCCACGCACAAGCCACCUUGGAGGCUGACAAAGGAGGCAAGUUUCAGUUGCUGGAUGGCAGUGUCACAGGAGAGUUUGUUGACCUAGUCCCUGAGAAGCAACUUGUUAUGAAAUGGAGAUUUAAAUCUUGGCCAGCUGGGCACUUUGCAACAAUUACCUUGAACUUCACUGACAAAAAAGGGCUUCCCUGCCAGUGAGGAAGAAAGAACAAAGCAAGGCUGGCAACGCUACUACUUCGAGGGCAUUAAACAGACAUUUGGCUAUGGCGCACGCUU